AUGUUUUUAGUAGAGUAUAAUAAUCUGAAGUAUUUACACUCACAAGUUGCACAUGGUCUUGUUGAUAUCUUUACCAGCAUAGCUAAUAAUCCUGAUGAGACAAUCCAUCUACCCAGAAAGAAGGGUCAGUGCAAAGAUUGUGAGAAGUAUAUCAUGCCAUCUCUCUUUGGUGAAACAUUGGUGAAGAGUUCUUUUCUUCCCCUUGGAUUUCAGUGCGACCGGAAACCAGAUGUCCAAAGGAGAUGUGAUGCUUCCAAUUGUGCCUUGACUGGAGAAGACCAUGGCAGAUAUUUGAAGGUUGCUGGCAUUUCACAGUGAGUGCUUAGCUGGUUGUCAACACUGUUCUAUCUGCCAGGAUCACCUCAAGAAUGUAGUUAAGAAUUUCUCCAGCUCAGCAAAUGCAACACUACUUGAGGGUCUUGAUGAUAAUGAUGAGUCACAUGAAGCAAACACAAAUAGUGCAGGUGAUGAUGAUGAUAAUGACACCAUUGAUGAUAUCGAAGUAAUACCAGAGAUAACUACAAAGCUGUUGUGA